AUGACGCGAACACCAGCCGCCCGAAAGCAAGGCUCACAGUCAAGCGUGGGAGGGAAAGAACAAGAUGUAGGCCAACAAAGAAGACUACCCCUGGAUUUCGGCAAGAGCCUCCGGGACAGCGACUUUCUCUUCGAUCGGGACUAUCGCAACUUGAACCACGCCUCCUUUGGGACGAUCCCCGUGCACAUUCAGAACAGGCUGCGGCAUUACCAGAAUCUCCACGAGCGCCGCCCUGACCAGUUCAUCCGUUAUGACUUCCCUGCACUCCUGGAUGAGAACCGCGAGGCCGCUGCCAGACUCAUAAAUGCGCCCUAUACAGAUGAAGUCGUCUUCGUGGCUAAUGCCACUGUCGGGCUCAACACAGUCCUGCGCAACUUGUCCUGGUCUGAUGACGGGCUGGACGAGAUACUGCACUUUUCUACCAUCUACGGCGGCAUCAGCAAGACGGUAGACUAUGUCGUCGACUCGACAUACGGAAGGGUUUCUAGCAGGUCCGUCGAGCUGACAUACCCCAUAUCGGACGAGGCCAUCAUCGCCAAGUUCAGGCACGCUGUCCAGGAAAGCCGCCAGCUCAAGAGACCUCGCGCCGCAGUCUUUGAUGUCGUUUCCUCGGUGCCGGGUGUGUGUUUUCCCUAUCAAGAAAUGGUUCGUGUGUGCCGCGAGCUGGGAAUUCUGUCGAUAGUCGACGGUGCCCAAGGUAUUGGCAUGUUGGAGUUGGACAUGACCACCCUGGACCCAGACUUCUUUGUAUCGAACUGUCACAAGUGGCUCCUAGUGCCUCGCGGGUGUGCCGUGUUCUACGUGCCCCGUCGCAACCAGCACCUCAUUCGCUCGACUGUGCCAACUUCGCAUGGUUACAUAUCACCACCCGGCGCGACACCGAGAACGAAUGCGCCUCCGCCAAGCGCGAAGAGCGUCUUUGUGAACGCCUUCGAGUAUGUCGGUACUCUGGACAACUCUCCGUACUUGUGUGUCAAGGACGCUCUCGAGUUUCGUGAGAAGGUCCUGGGCGGGGAGGCGAGGAUUCAGGAAUACAUGCGCUCACUGGCAUCCGAAGGCGGAGCCAGCGUCUCGGAGAAGCUGAAGACGUGGGUUCUCGGGCGUGAGAACGGGAAGGACCGCCAUGAGCAUUGUGCGAUGGUCAACGUCGCGAUGCCGCUCGUUGUCGUGCCCAUUGUUCACGGCUCCGCCAGCCCGGUGAACAGGGUAGAUGAGGCCGAAGCAGGGCGGGCCGAUGACCAGGAUGCCGCAGCACAGCCAAAAACGCCGGGAUCGGACACGCAACAGUCCCAAGCACGGAGGAGAGCCGAGGAUAUCGCAAUCCCGCGCGAGGACGCCCAGAAGGCUUGGUCCUGGAUGACAAAGGUCCUUGUGGAUGACUACCAGACCUUCAUCCCGCUGUUCUACCACGCGGGAAGGUUCUGGGCGCGCUUGAGCGCUCAAGUAUACUUGGACAUGGACGAUUUCGAGUGGGCUGGCGACACGCUCAAGUUGCUAUGUGAAAGGGUGGCGAGGCGGGAGUAUGGCCAUGACAGCCUCUGA